AUGGGUUUGAAUUCAAGGGACAUUAAACUUCAUUUCUUCAAAGUUCUUCAUCUUUCAAUUGAAAGAAGCUAUGCUUUAAUGAAAAAGCAUCCAAAAAUUUCAGGUGCUAUGUUAGUCUUCUUCAUCAUGUAUAUAUUUCUCUCUUGUAUAUACAAUUUGUUGGUUUUCUUGUCUCCAUUUAUUAUAUUUACCGCAAUUUUGGUUACCAUCUUUUGGAGUUCUGAGCAACCAUUUCUAAAAUGUGUUGAGAAAAAGGAAAGUGAAAAAAGGGUUGAAGCGAAGAAUCUACCUAAUGUUUACACGAAAGAUAGACGCGGAAUGCUUUAUAAGUAUCCAUCACAAAAUGCAACGAGUAGAAGGAGAAAUUUCACGGGGAAGAAAUUGGAUGUGUACGGUGAUUUAGAACAAAAAGCUAAGAAUUUAUCGGCAGUGUUUCGAAAUGAAUUCACUAAAAAGAAUACAGAGAUUAUAUCGGGAGUAAGAUUUUUCGACAAAGAGAUAGAUCCUUAUUUCGAUUCUAAGUUUACAUCAAAAAAAGUUGAUGUUCCUCUAAAACAAACAUUACAUGCCACCCAACCUUCAAUAGCUGACCUUGUUACUUGUAACACAAGUUAUUAUGAUUGUCAAGAGAUGAACACAGAAAAAACGGAAGAGGAGAAAAAGGCAAUAGAGGAUAGUAGUAGUGGUAACAAUAAAGGUGUAGAACUUAAAGAGGAUGAUCAAAAAAAGCUAAUGGAUCUUGGAAUUUGUGAGAUGGAAAGAAACAAAAGGUUGGAGAGUCUUAUAGCUAGAAGAAGGGCAAGAAAACAGUUGAAUUUGGAGAUUGAGAAUGGUUUAAUUGAUAUAGAAUCAAUUACACCAGGCCAAAUUUCACCAUUGCUUGUUGCAAGAAUGGACCCUUUUGAUUCUCCGAGAUAUUUUGAGGAUAUAGAAAUGCCAGGUUCCGCUCCAUCUGCUUUGAGAAGUCCGUUUGAUAUUCCUUAUGAACCUUUCGAGGAGAAACCAAAUCUCAAAGGGGAUAUUUUGGAUCAUGAAUUCACAAGUGACAUGCCUUUAGAACCUAAACAUGACCUUCUUCAAGUUAGAGAGCAUAGACUACCGAGUUCAAGAGUUCGAAGGCUUUCAGGUUUGUCAAAUCAUGAAGAUCUUGAAAAGUUAAACUCCUUAGAAGGAAGUGAAACCACACACGAGGAGAAAGGAAAAUGCAAAAUUGAUAUGGUUGGCAUGGAAUGUGAGGAAGUAGACAACAAUGAUCCAACAAUAACAAGUAUCGAAGGAGUUAUAGCUUUGCCUCCUAAUCCUCAAGAAGAGUUUCUUGAUUUUCCAUUGUCUACUACUAAUGUUACUAAUAUAAAUGAUUCUUUGUAUGAAUCUCUUUCCAUUCCUGUCUUAAAGAGCAAUGAAAACAUGUUAGUUACAAAUGGACUAAUCCGUCAUACGCCAUCGGUGUCCUUAGCUUCUGAUUUACAAGUUGAGUUUUCUGAAAUUGGUUCACCAACACUAACGGUCGAUGACUGUCAUGACGACAUGUGGGGUGCAAAUGAAAGUUGUGAUCCUGAUAUUUUAGAGCCGAACAAUUGGAGGGACAUUGGUUCUUCGUCCUUUUCUUUGCGAAAUCUUGAUGAAGAAAAUGGAGGUGAAUUGAGUUUUAGGUCUCCGAGAUCUGACCUACGUGAUGAUACUCCAACUUAUACAGCGCGUAGGGAUCAUAACAUCUUUGGUAAUGCGAGAAAAAUUAGUGUAUCGCAAUAUUCUUCAGACGUGUUAGCGCGUUGGAAGCGGUUGAUGAGGUUGAUGGAUACUCGUGUUAAUAAGUCAGCACAUGAAAUGCUUUCAGACGAAGUAGAGGAAUGUAACCAGACAGAUAACUUAACAAACAAGGAACAAAUUAGCAAUGAAGUGAAUGACUUAGAAGAAGCCACUGAGCACGAUAAUGAAAAGUCUGGUGCAUCGGUUACGCGACAAGAAGCACCUAAUGACUUAACACACGAGGAACAAAUUAGCAAUGAAGUGAAUGACUCAGAAGCCAUUGAGCAUGAGCACGAGCAUGAGCACGACAAUGAAAAGUCUGGUGCAUCGGUUACGCGACAAGAAGCACCUAAUGACUUAACAUACAAGGAACAAAUUAGCAAUGAAGUGAAUGACUCAGAAGAAGCCACUGAGCACGACAAUGAAAAGUCUGGUGCAUCGGUUACGCGACAAGAAUCACCUAAUGACUUAACACACAAGGAACAAAUUAGCAAUGAAGUGAAUGACUCAGAAGCCAUUGAGCAUGAGCACGAUCACGAGCAUGAGCACGACAAUGAAAAGUCUGGUGCAUCGGUUACGCGACAAGAAGCACCUAAUGACUUAACAUACAAGGAACAAAUUAGCAAUGAAGUGAAUGACUCAGAAGAAGCCACUGAGCACGACAAUGAAAAGUCUGGUGCAUCGGUUACGCGACAAGAAUCACCUAAUGACUUAACACACAAGGAACAAAUUAGCAAUGAAGUGAAUGACUCAGAAGCCAUUGAGCAUGAGCACGAGCACGAGCACGACAAUGAAAAGUCUGGUGCAUCGGUUACGCGACAAGAAGGACCUGAUGAAAUCUCAACUAUAACAAGUUCAUCAUCGCCAUCGUCAUCACCAACAUAUGUAUUGCAUAUACCACAUACGAUGGUAGCAGAUCAAGAGAUACACACAGGUACUCAACAAUCUGAUAUAGAGGACGUGACACAAGAAACAGUAAACCACGAACGUUCCCUCGAUUCAAUGUCUCAGAAUAUUCAGCUUUCUGUGGACGAUUCAAAUGUCGAAUCACAUAACCGAGACUUGGAUAAUUCUCCGUCGUUAGUUAUGGUGCAAUUGGUAUCUCCAAUGGUAGAAUCGUCCUCGAGAAUUCACACAGAGAAUGAAGAAAAAUCUCAGGCAUCAUUGACAGAAGAGACUAGCAUGGAACCGUUUAUCAACUUUGAAACAGUAAACACAAACUCUGCUGAAGAUUUUGAAGGAAAACACGGCGACUUGAAUGAAAAUGAAGCCGAAAAUCAUAGCUCAAAAGAAGAUAACAAUUUUCAAAGUGACUCAAAUCAAGCCGUUAACAAUCAUAUAGAAAAGGAACGGUUGGACAAAGGUGGCGACAUCGCUUCGCCACCAAUGGUCACUGAAGAAACCAUUAAUUCUGAUGAUACAUUAAGAGAAUCUAGUAUGAUGAACAAUAACGAAGCGACGGACCAAGAAUUGGACGAGAAUAAUGAAUCCGUGAUUUCAUCUGAACCAGCCGGAGAAACUGAGCACAUGUGA